CCUCUGCAGCUGACAAUGUGAAACCACAGUUCCUGAGCUGGGGCUGGCUCGCGCCGAGAGCAGUCCGUGUCCCGGCACCAGAGGAUGAAGCCUGCAGAAUGGAAGCUAUUAUAAAGCAGGGAGCCCUACACAUGCAGCAACAGCACAAAUUUGGAAAGAAAUGGAAGAAGAUUUGGGUCUUGCUCUAUGGAGAGAGCAAUUGCUCUGUUGCUCGCCUGGAGUAUUUUGAUUUCAAGGAGGGCAUGAGCUUGACUGAGAGACAAAGCACAAAGAAGACGGAGAGUAAAAGGGUCAUAAAGCUGAGUGACUGUAUCCGCAUCACAGACGCGCCAGGCGAGAGCUGCCCCAGUGACUGUCGAUCAUUUCACCUGGAGACCAUUGAGAAGCUCUUUGUCUUUGCGGUGGAGUGCUCAGAGUAUGAUGACUGGAACAAGAGCCUGUGUGAAAUGGCCUUUCCAAUGCAUUGGAACGAAUGGCCUGGGCUAUGUAAGAGUGAAUCUACACAGCGAUCAAAGAAGACAAAGAAUAACUCUGUGGAAAUGGAGGAGAACACAUUGUACAGUACACACAAGGCCGUGACAGAGUUCCGGGUGACUGUGAGGAAGACGGAAGCAGCGGAGAGAUGUCAUCUGCAGGGAAUGUUUCUGCUCGCUGUGGAGGAAGACAGUCUGGAGCUGAAGGACUUGAAAUCUGGUGAGGUUCUCUACACCUGGCCGUACAGAUACCUGAGACGCUUUGGGCGAGACAAGGUGACGUUUUCUUUCGAGGCUGGACGGCGAUGUGCUUCUGGUGAAGGCAACUUUGAGUUUGAGACCAGGCAGGCCAAUGGAAUUUUCCAGAUUAUUGAAUCUGCUAUCAAAGUUGUCAGGCAAGCCUUCAGGGAGGAGAAACAGUUGUCUGGUGAUGUGGAAAAUGACCCCCCUCUGAGUUCCAGACCUGCACACGAGGACGAGGAGGAGGGGACACUGAGUGAGAUCGACGAGGGCCAACAGUCAGCCAAGGUCAAGAAUGAGAUGUUAAAUGCUACUCUCCCUUCCUUGAGGUGCUUGUCGCUGGAGUCAUCCUCGGACCCCAGCACCAGGCCGGCCUCCACGAUGCCCAGGAAGGCAGGGGCAAAGGGCCAGCAAAUGCACUCCAUGACAAUAUAUGGUAUGGCCAAAGGGAACCAGCCUGACCCCCCGGAUAUGCAGUCAACCUACUCUGAGGUGCGGGACGUAAUCCACAAACACAAUGCACGGGCCAACAUCAAGAUGGCGACUGGGAGGAAGACACAGGAAGGCAAGGAUGCAGUGGAAUCAGAAUAUGCUAUUCCCUUUGAUGCCAUCGCACAGACUCUGUGCCUCCCACCCCUUGUCCGACUGCCGUCCAACCAACCGGACAACACUUCUGAAAUGGCAUUUUCUACCUUCCUGCCCACAAAACGGGAGGACCCACUUUAUGACACCAUUGAUGACUCGAGCUUUGGGAGGAAGGGGAAGGCAGCCUUGCCACUGCCAAAGGAUCACAUCUAUGAUGAGCCGGAGGGGUCAGAUGUCCCCUCGGUGUAUGACUAUCCUGUGGAGGUGAAAGGUCACGCGUGGAAGAUACAGGGCCGGCAGUGCGACCCUCGGGGUCACGAGUACCCGUACAACCCACACACUGAUGACUACGCCGUGCCAAAAACAGCGAAACAGGGCGGCAGCCAAAGGAGAUCAGGAGACAGGGCGUCUCAGAGGGACAGCGGGUGUGUGGAUUCUGAAUAUGACAACAUCCUGUUCAAGAAGGUGGAGAAGAAGGGGACUUAGCGACUCAAGCUGAGGCCCGGCCAACCCACUUCACAGGUGGGGUGAGUGAUAGGGGAAGGGCACUGACCCGACACCAGACUGAACUAUGGCAGUGGACCGAGGGUCUGGGAUGGUGGGUAGUGAGGUCAGGACGUUAGCCGAACCGUAGGCUUCUCCUCACUGAGGGCAUGUGCCUACUGGGAGUGACUUAGCCUUUGGCUGAAGAGACUG